GUUGAACGGAAUCAAAUCUUCAAAGCUAAUAGGGAAACAUUGUAAGAUGUGUGCUCUUGUAUGUACGAGUUGAGGACAAGGAGAAAUUGUGUGGCAUGUUAUUUCCUGUAAGUAAUUAAUUUUUUGUUUCUAUUUCCUUCGAUAAGACACACCAUUAAGAUCAUUUCAAUUGAUAAAACAAUAAAUAUGUAUUUAGCAGUCCUACUUUAUUUUAAAAAAAAUAUUUGAUUUUUUUUUUAGUGCUUGACUAAAAAAGCAGACACGUAUAUAAUAAGUAUAUACUGCUUCAUAUAAACAUUUAAACUGUGCGCGUUGCAUGCGCCACCUUUGCUCAUUAUAAGAAAUCAUUACUUUGGAUGUUACUUUCUCUUCGUAACUUGAAAGUUGUAAAACGUAUCAUUAUAAACCUGGUGUAGAGCAACAGCACUGAGGUGGAAGUAGUUUGUCGAUUUGAAAGGUUUGUAGUACGCUUCAGGUUUUUUUUUUUUUUUUUUGUUUUUUUUUUGGAGGGGGGGGGGGGGGGGGGGGCGGUGGAAAGGUACUUACAUGCAUUUCAAAAAAAAAUAGUAAUUCUUCUAUAAUUAUAAUUAUUAGGCAAUUUCAAAAUACAUAAAAAGCCAAUUUAUAUCGCUAAAGUUAGCACGCAAUAUCUUAAAUUGUCAUCGUACAGCUGAUUUGUGUUUUCACAAGUAAACAAAGCAGUACCGUGACAACUGUAAUAUUUAGUCCAUCAUUCACCCUUGAAGCAAUCAUAAGGUAUCUCCGUCAUUUAGAUGAAUUGUCUAUGCGAUCCAAGAUGCGUCCACGAAUGUGUGAUGAAGUCUGAUUAAAUUUUGGUAUAUAGAUCUAAUUUAUGUCGCAAGGGCAUGACGAAUGAAUGGUACGUUGGGCAGGGAAAAAAAUAUACCGAAAUACCAGGCCAACAUUUUUGGAUAACACUUUCAUAUAUUGAAUGUGCGUAAAGUUAUUUGGUUGUUUUUUCGACUUUGCAAGUGGUUUCAUUGAUUUUUUAUUACAUUUUCACUAACAUUACAAAUUUAGGUUUUAAAAAGUCGCACUUAUCCAAUUCGAUAUACACUUCUUCGAGAUGAGCGUUAACAUUUUUAUUAAAUAAAGUACAAAGUGCAUGACAAGGCUGCUCCCCUGGGUAUGCGGUAAAUAUUUUUGAAACGAAUAGGGGCUCGCAAAAAAGUGGUUAUAAUAUGUGACACAUUUAUACCGUCACAUAUAAUAAAAUUACUAUCAUUUUUUGUUCACGAUAGCCUUUCAAUCUAAUUUUCGUAUGCAAAGGAGUUGGUGCUGUUUUCUAAACCUGCACAUGUAACAGGGGGAAAGAAGUCGAAAAUUUGACUUUUUGUGUACAUAUUCAAUGAAGACCCCAUUACUGAAUAAACAAUUUUAGACAAGGGUGGGAAAUCCUUAUCCAAAAAGAUAGACAUGUGGCUAAUGAAAAAAGUGUAUAUAUAAAUAAAAAAAAGCUUCUAUUCAAUAAAAUUAAAUGAAAAAUAUGUUUUUAAAUCAAAGUGCCACCAUACUAUAUCAUGGGCGCCCGCAGGUAGGGGCAAGGCGGCACUUACCCCCCCCCCCCUGGAUUGAUUGGAUAAAAUUUUUUAGACAAAAAUAUACCAACAAUUGAUUAAAGUAAAGAGAAAAUAAAGAGAAAGUAACUAAGCUGACGUCCUUUCCGUUCGUUUAACAUACAAAUACACUACAGUAAAUUAAAACUAGAUUAAAACAUUACUAAAAUUUUUUUGCCCCCCCACCUGAAAGUUAGUCCAUUUUUUACCCCCCCACUCCCCAGAAAGUUUUCUGAGUGCGCCCAUGUACUAUAUGUGAAUUUUUUAAAUUCUUUAUAUCACCAGCUGAAAAUCUUUUGGUAUCAUUCUUUUCAUUUGACUGAAGGCACAGUGCGUCGCUUCCUCAAAAAUUCCCAUUAUAAAAAAUUGAAAUAUGUAUUUUUGCUUGAUGAACCGUACUGCUUACAAUGCUUAUUCAUACAGGGAAGUUCUUUAAAAAAAUUGAAAAAAGAAAUGUAAAAUAACCAGUUCCAAUGUUUUAAGUUUCCUUGUUUUCUGUACAGAUUAUACAAUUUUAAAACUCUCUCAGCAUUAUCAAUUCAACCGAUGUUAAUACUUUUUCGUUUUUUAAACAUGAAAUUGUAGUAGUAAAUAGACACACCUCUAAUCUAAAUUAUUUUUAUUUAACAAUACACAUAUAUGAAUCUGCUUACUUGACUUACUUAAUUUAUAAUAAUUAAAUAAAGUAAAGAUUUGAUAAAGGUUGUUUUUUAAAACAAUCUUUUUGUACAAAUGUAUAUAAAUUUUAAUUUGUUAUUAGAUAGAGCCUUAACAUAGAAAGAGAGUUAUUUAUGAACUAACUAAGUUAACAGAGCGUUAAUAUUAAUAAAACUUAAAAUAAACGUUUUCAUACAAUUACUGGUGUUGUUCGUCCGUCGAAGUCGACAAGGACCAUCGAAUCAUCCGGUUAGGGGCGGGCGGGGGGGUUGGGAUUACGGUGAGCUCUUAGGUGGCUUGUUAGACCGAUCCUUGCUCGGAAUAAUCUAUGACACAGUGGGCAUGGAAUAGUUGCUUCAGACGAUGACCUAAUGUUGCUCUUUCGGACAAGCCUGCGUGUCUCAGCUGUGGUUAUUCUCUUAGCUUCAUGGGAUUUAGCCCCCUUCUUGACAGCAGCUCUCCAUCUGGCUCUGUCCUGGGCUGUCUGCACCCAUUGAGUAGUGUUUAUGCUGAAGGCCUUUAGUGCCACUUUCAGUGAGUCUUUGUAACGCUUUCUUUGGCCUCCUUGGGAGCGCUUGCCUAUCGUGAGUUCUCCAAAGAAUAUUUGUUUCGGGAGCCGGUGGUCUGCCAUACGGGCUACGUGUCCCAUCCAACGGAGCUGAGACUGCAUCAGAGUGGUGAAGAUACUAGGUAGGUUCGCUCUAGCGAGGACCUCGGUGUCGGGGACUUUGUCUUGCCACCUGAUGUCGAGGAGUUUCCUGAGGCAGGUAGUGUGAAAAUGAUUCAGUUUCUUGGCGUGACGCUGGUAGACAGUCCACGUUUCACAUCCAUAAAGCAGUGUCGGGAGGACUUCUGCGCUAUAGACCUUGAGCUUUGUUUCACGACUGAUACCUCUCCUGUCCCAAACAGUGCUGCGGAGCCUGCCAAAUUCAUUUCAUCAUCCAUGACGACAGAUCUAGAGAGAGUGCUGCCCAAGUAAGUAAAUUUAUCCACCGGGUUGAGACGCUGUCCACUGAUGAUGAUGUUGGGUUCAACGUAGGGCUUACUGGGAGCUGGCUGAUACAUCACCUCAGUCUUCUUUGUGUUGAUUGUGAGGCCAAAGUUAUUGCAGGCCUCUGAGAAGAUAUCAACACUGUGUUGCAUGACGGCUUCUGAUGGAGCAUUAAGGGCACAAUCGUCUGCAAACAGAAGCUCGUUGAUCGUGGUAUGUUUGACCUUGGUUUUAGCUUGAAGCCUCCUAAGGUUAAAUACUGAUCCAUCAGUACGAAACCGGAUUGGCAAGCCCAUGGUGGAGUCCUUGAACGCAUCAGACAGAAUUGCGGAAUACAUAAUACUGAAGAGUGUGGGAGCAAGAACACAACCCUGUUUUACACCGUUUGUGACGGGGAAUGCUGGAGAUGAUUGACCGUUGUCCUGUACUUGGGCCAUCAUACCAUCAUGCAGCUGACGGAUGAUGUUUGUGAACUUGUCUGGGCAUCCGUAUUUCUUCAUGAUUUUCCACAAGCCAGCUCUAUUGACCCUGUCAAAGGCUUUAUUCAAGUCGAUAAAUGUAGUAUAUAGGUCUGUAUUUUGUUCCUGGCAUUUCUCUUGAAGCUGUCUAGCAGCAAACACCAUAUCGAUGGUUCCGCGUUUUUUGCGGAAACCGCAUUGACUUUCAGGUAGGAGACCUAGCUCCAGAUGUGCAUUCAGGCGGAUCAGAAGGGCUCGGGCCAAGAUCUUGCCUGAAAUGGACAGUAGUGAAAUUCCGCGGUGAUUGUCGCAUGUCUGGUGGUUACCUUUGUGUUUGUACAUGUGGAUGAUUGAGGCAUCCUUGAGGUCUUGUGGUACAGUUUCCGUCUGCCAGAUGAUUUGGAAUAAGCCCAAUAGCUUAUCCGUCAGUGCUGGUCCAACCUCCUUGUAGAUUUCGGCAGGAAUCAUAUCGGGGCCAGGUACUUUGCCAUUGGACAUUUGGCCGAUCGCUGUCUGUAUCUCAUCAAAAGUUGGGACGGCGUCCAGUGAAUUGUUCGUUGGGACCUGGGGGAGACUUUCAAUGGCCUCAUCAUUAAUGAUGGAAGGUGUAUUGAGCACACUUUUAAAGUGUUCCGCCCAUCUUUCCAAGAUUUUCUCUUUGUCUGUAAUGAGCGUAGAACCAUCAGCACAAAGGAGAGGGGAAGUGCCUGAGGUGGAGACACCAUAGAUUUCUCUCAGGCCACGGUAGAAGUUUCUCAUGUCUUUCUUGUCUGCAAAGCCCUGUAUUUCAUCAGCUUUUGAAUUCAAGUUGAUCUAGGCUGUCAACAAAAGUUUGUCUCACAUCAGGGAUAUUCAGCCUAUUUAUGUUGAGGCGUUUCGGAACUUUCGUGGCCUGAGGUCGUCUCUUAGGUUGGAUAUGAAUUUUCAUCUUUGAGACGAUGAGGCGGUGAUCCGUCCAGCAUUCUGCGCCACACAUGGCCUUAGUCACCCUCACGUCCUGGCGGUCCCUAUUUCUGACUAUGACAUAAUCAAUUAGGUGCCAGUGUUUAGAACGGGGGUGCAUCCAGGAGGUCCGGUUGCGCGUUGGCAGGCUGAAGGUGGUGUUCGUUAUUAGAAGGUCAUGUUCAGCACAGGUCUGCAGUAGCAGUAGGCCGUUGCUGUUGCACUGACCAACACCAUGCUUCCCAAUCACUCCCCCCCAGGAGGUGUAGUCACUGCCGACACGUGCAUUGAAAUCACCAAGUAUGAUGAGUUUGUCAGCAGACGGUGUGGAAGAGAUAACAGUCUUCAGGUCUUCAUAGAAUUUGUUUUUGGUCUCUUCUGUGUUUGUCAUGGUGGCAGACUUCUUUCCAGGGCAGAGGGGGAUUUUCAACGUCAUGAGACGGUCAUUUAUACCUUUUGAAGAGCUGGGGAGCCUGCUCACAAGAGAGGUUUUGAUAGCAAAGCCAACACCAGCUUCACGCCUUGCGUCAGGGUCGCGCCCGCUCCAGAAGAAAGAAUAGCCAGCAAGCCUUUCUGUGAUUUCACCCUUGCCAGAGAGUCUGGUUUNACCAAGAUGUUCUACGUGCCUCAUCUUGCUCUACGCACUCCACUGUGCGUUGCUGUAAUCGCCUUCACCUCCGUUGAACCUAAAUGGUUUCUUCCGCAGGAUCCGCCGACGUCCAGUCUUUGCAUGCAUUAGGUAGGCAGACCUAAAUCACCGAGUGCUUGAGGCCCAUCAUCUACCCACACCUGGUUUACCCAGCUAUUGUAAGCCGUUGUCCAGGAUAUGGCAGCUGUUGCAUGCUGACAGCUUAGCAAGAUGGCGGCCAUGUGGGUGACACAAAAAUUAUCUCCAGCGUUUUAAAAAUGUAAAUGUGUUCCCAUUUUAACCAAACCUAAUUAAUUGUUUAAAUCGAAAUUGGAAUUCCAAAAUUCAUCAGCAGCUGUAUGUGUUGGGGCAUGCAGCCAGGUGUUAGUACUCAUACGAUCAUUCAUAUUGGAUUACACAUCUAUAUUGUAAUUGUAUUUAGAAGUAGAAAUACGUUGAUAACAGCAAAAAUUCUGAUCCUGAAUGAAACCGCAAAUAAAUAAAAGUUAAUUAAAAGUUCGAAUUUUCUUGCGCCGAAGCCAAUUUCCAUUAAUAAUUUUUAACAAUCUCCCUUGCUUUACUGAAGAGUCUAUCUCUGAGAUUCCUUCCUAUUGUGUAUUAUUAUACCGCCAUCUUGUUGUAGCCGGAAGAUACCCUUUGUAUAGUGACAAUGGAGAUUUUGUUAACGAAAUGUUGUUGAGAGAAAAAUGAAUUAUCCGAAACAAAGGUUCUGAUCCUGUACAGUUUCUUCAGCAUAUAUUCCAAAUACAAUUACUAGGAAUAAGCUGAAUAUGUAAUGAACAUCCUUUUUUUAAAAUAAUCAGAUAUACUUGUAACAUACCUGUCAUAAUUUGAACAAGAGAUCUACAUAUAUCUUACAAAUGGUGUUACCGAUAGUCCUACAACAUACAUAUGGUUCUUUAUUUAUGUAUGUCAAAGUCGCGUCCGAAAACACUCAAUGUUCUUACCUGAGUUCAAUAAUCACACAGGAUGCUCUCGUCUUGAUAUAUUUAUUUUUUAGUCAUCCAGCAAUUUUAAUAUAAUUCAUGUUGAUAUGGGGGGGAGGGUGGGUCAGUUGUUGAAAGGAAGCAGCAAACCAGGAGAAAAUAUGUAUAACAAAAAUAAAUCUUUUAACUUUCUGUUAUUCUAACUUAUAUCAAUGGAAUCCUGGGAAAGCUUGACAUUCUAGCUAGUAUAAAAUCUUGUAAACAAAUAUAUAUAUAUAUAUAUAUAUAUAUAACUAUAAAUAAUAAAUACAUGGUACUUAUUAAUAGGAUUGCCUUCUUUAUUAUUUCAGCGAAUUUAUGUCAAUCAAUCAUAGAUUCCAAAGAUGAACACUAUUCAUACAGUCUCAUGACAAGCAGGAAUUCUGUUAAAUACGAGGUCGUUCUUUAACAUAAAGGUAUUUUUAAUAUUUAAAUGUAACUCCAAGAUCAUGAUUUUAUUUUUGUGAUUUAUACUUACAUACAUACAAGGAAUCCAAAACAUUUAAAACAGCUUGUAUAAAGGGUAAUUUCAUAUAACUAAUUUAAUAUACUUUUUUUUAAAAAUAUACAACUAGCCAAAGUACUCGAAAAAACCAACAUCUUCCAAAUCAUUUCAAUGAAUAUUGAAAUUAAGUGCAAUGUAAAAAAAAAAAUUGAAAAAAAAAAAACACCAUUGUAGUAAAAAAUAUUAAAUAGUUUGUCUCCUAAAUAAAAAAGAAAUAUGAUAAAUUAUAAUUAUAUUUUGUGAAUCUUUCAUUCUCUGAUGAGAAACAGAUACCAAAGAGAGAUCCCAAUCUGAUUCCGUUUGUCGAUGGGAUCUCUGUUCCAAUUUAUCCAAGUCCCCGGAGGGAUCUUGACCGUGUUGAGAUAUCCAUCCGUGUUUGCUCACGAACCCGUUGGUAUUUUGAUCCCGUUGGUAUCCAAUCUAAAACCGGUGGGUUCACAAUCACGCUUGGAUAUCAAUCCCGGUGGAUCCUUAUACCGUGGUAUUCUGGUGGGACACAGUUUCCCUGCCGAAUCACGAUAUCGGUGGAUUCCCGAUCGCGUCGAUAUACAGAUGCCUUUAGGAUCACAACCCCGAUUUUAUCCCGAUACCGGAGGGAUCCCAAUCCCGGUAGGAAUGAUUUUCCCGGGGAUAUCCUCUCCUAUGAUAGGAUCCAGGUUCCAGAUAAGAUAUAAAAUAAUGUUUGAUCUCGUUACCCGAUGGAAUCACGUUACCGGUAACUUAAUAUUUCAUUAAGCCUUUAAAUCCCCCUUAUAUAACCGCGUAGAAAGAUAUAGCAAUAUUUGGAACAUUAUAGAUUAGAUUUAAUAUACUCCUUGAAACGUGUAAAAAAUAAUUUCCUAUUUAAAUAUUUUUUCGAAACAAAGAAGCAUACAACUUUAUAUCAUGCAAUGACUAUAUUGCAUUUAAUUUAUAAAGGUGACCGAUUAGAGCUUAUUUUAUAACUGUACUGAUUUAGUUUUGACUGAUAUGGGAAGGGGUGCGGGUGGCUACAGAAAUGGAAUGGAUAAUAUGAGGUCAGUAUCAAUUUGUAUUUGAAUACGGAUAAUCAAGUGUAAUUAUGCAAAGUUUGGUCAAAAUGUUUUUGGCCCCAGGACCCAACCGUUUUUUUUUUUUUAAUGUUCAAAACUCCCCAUUAUUGUAUUAUGGAAAAUGAUUUAUAUAUUCACCAUUUAGGUCAAGUUCAAUUGAUCAGGGUAAAAACGUAUGUAGAACAAACCCACAAACAUUCACGUAUAUAUAUAUUAGCAAAAUACUCGCGCUCCGAAGCGGAGAGACUUUUUUAAGAAAAAAAAAUUUAGAAAUGAUCAAUUCUCCGCAUAUUUUGGAGACUAUACAGUGCAUUCCCAUGCGAAAAUCAUUCCUGUAGUGUCUGUCAUUGAGACCCAAAACCUGGUAUAACCCCGAUUCUAAUGAGUCCCCAAUCCCAUUCUGAACCAGAUUCCGGCGCAAUCCCUUUUCCCGGUGUGAUCCAGUUCACGGUGGUAUCCUAUUUUCUUGUGGCUCUGGAUCCAAGGGGAAUCAAAAUCAUGUUGGGAUCCUGAUCUCCUAAGUUUUUUUUUUUUAAACCAGUGGUCUACCGAUUCCGUUCGGAUACCGUUCUCAGUGGGAUCCCGUUUAACCUGGGAACUCUCUCUCCGAUUUGAUACCUUUUUUAUAGGAUCCUGAUCCCGUUACCCGAUGGGAUCUCGAUGAUGGUAUCCUGUUUGCCGAUGAGAUCGAGUAACUGAUGGGUCCCAUUAGGAUCCCGUUUCUCCAUGGGAUCAUGCUCAAUGCUAUUUUGUUCGAGUAAGCUUUUAGAUCUAAUUAUAUAUCCCGUAGAAUAAUUUAGAACAUUCUAGAACAUUAUAAAUUCAAUUUAAUAUUCUCCAUUUAACGUGUAAAACAUAACUUUUAUAAGUAAUUAUUUCUCGAAAGCGAAAAAUAAUACAACUAAAUUGUACCACUACAACUAUAGUAUAUUUAAAUUGAUAAAGGUGCCACGGUGGGGGCCAAUUUAAUAAAGUACGUAUUAAGUUAUGUCUGAGAUUGGGGGAGGGGAAGCCUAUAAAAAUCAUUGCGUUCAAUUAUAGUUUGAAAAUUUGUCCUAUUAAAAUUGGUUUAAAAUGCCAUAGAUAUAGUUUUUUUAUAAUAUCGAAGUUUCUAGAAAAAUCUAGAUCGACCCUAAAUGGAUUGGAAACUAUUAGUUUUAAAUCCACCGAUAUUUUAAUACGGACAGAGAAGUGUAUUGCUACAAAGCUAGGCCUAGAUCCACCUAUUCACAUAGAACCUAUAGUGUAGUCUAGCCACGUUGAUAAUUAUAUAACUUAUAAUAGAAAAAAAUAAAAAUGGUCCCCCGGCCCCAGAGCUAUGGAUAUUAUAAGUUCAGUACACCUCGGUAUUUGAAUAUGGAUAAUCAUGUGUAUAUGUGCUUAGUUUGGUUAAGAUCCAUCUAUCCAUGUAGAAGUAAUUGUUGUUAAUUUUAUUUAUAUAUAUAAUUUAAGUAGAAAAAAAUCCGGGCCCCCAGUUUUCACCAUUCCGGUAAGAAUUUUGAAAUUAAACCCCCUUAUCCUUUGUAAGUAAGCUAUAAGGAAUAAGACUUACGAAUUUCAGACUUCUGUCUUCAGGGAAAGUUGGAGAAUAUAUAUUAUAAAAUAAAAAAUGAAAUCCAGCCCCAGAGGUAAGGAUAUUAUAAACUUACUAGUCUUCGGUAUUUGAAUAUAGAUAAUCAAAUGUAUGUAUAUUAAGUUUGGUCAAGAUCGGAAACAAAACCUGCAGACCUUUUGUAAGUAAGAUGUAAGUAAUUAGCCUUCCAAAUUACAGGCUUCUAUCUAUAGGGUAACUUGGAGCAUAUAGCUUAUAAGGAAAAAUAAAAUGGGGCCCCCGGCCACAGAUGUAUGGAUAUUAUGAGUUCAACGCCCUUCGGUAUUUGAAUAUGUAUAAUCCAGAGUAUCUGUACUAAGUUAGGUCAAGAUCCAUCUAUCCAUGUAGAAGUAUUUGUUGUUAAUUAUAUUUAUAUAGCUCGCAAUAGGAAAAAAAAAUAAUUGGGGGCCCACGGUUGUGACAGUUACGGGUAGAGUUUCGAAAUGAAACCUACUUAAAUUUUGUAAGUAUGCUGUAAGGAAUAAGCAUGCUAAAUUUCAGGCUCCUGUCUAUGGGGGAAUUUUGAGAAUAUAGCUUCUAUAAGAAAAAAAAAUCGUGUCUCCUGCCCCAGAGUUAAGGAUAUUAAAAAUUCCGUACACUUCGGUAUUUUAAUAUGGAUUAUCAAGAGUAUGUGUACUAAGUUUGGUCAAGAUCCAUCUAUUCAUGUUGGAGUACUAAACUUAUUGAUAUUAAUAUAACUAAUAUUUGGAACAAUUAAAUGGGGCCCCAGGUCCCAGAGGAAUGGAUAUUAUGCGAAUAGUACCCCUCGGUAUUUGAAUAUGGAUAAUAAAGAAUAUGUGUUUUAAGUUUGGUCAAGAUCCAUCGAUUCAUGUAGCAGUAUAUGUUGAUUAUUUUAUUUAUAAAGCUCAUAUAAGCAAAAAAAUGAAUUCGGGUGCCCCGGUCCCAAACGGUAUAGAGUUUGGAAAUGAAACAUGCUUAACCUUGUAAUUGAGCUGUAAAGAAUAUGCAUUCCAAAUUCACGCUGCCAUCUACUGGGAAAUUUGGAGAAUUAGUGAUGAGUGUGUCAGUCAGUGAGAGCUUUGUCUUUUAUUAGUAUAGAUUAGGAGAAAAAAGAAUUUGGCGCCCCCGGUUGUGACUUUUCCGGGUAGAGUUUUGAAACAAAACCUGCUUUACUUUUGUAAGUAAGUUAUAAGGAAUACGCCUGCCAAAUUUCAGGCUUCUAUCUACAGGGGAAGUUUUGGAAUAAAGCUUAUAUUAGAAAAAAUGAAAUGAGGCCCCUGGCCCCAAAGUUUCGGAUGUUAUAAAUUCAGUAACCUUCGGUAUUUGAAUAUGGAUAUUCAAGAGUAUGUUUAUUAAGUUUGGUCAAGUCCAUCUAUUCUUGAAUGAGUGCUAUGUCUAUUUAUAUUAAUAUAGCUUAUGUAAGGAAAAAUGAAAUGGGACCCCCGCCCCAGAGUGAUGGAUAUUGUUUGUUAAGUACCCUUCGGUAUUUGAAUACGGAAAAUCAAAUGUAUGCAUAUUAUGUUUGGUCGAAAUGCAUCUAUUCAUGUAGCAGUAUUGGUUGAUCAUUUUAUUUUAUACAGCUCAUAUUGUGAAAAAUGACAUUUUGCGCCCGCACCUAACGGUAUAUAGUUUUGAAUUGACACCUGCUUAACUUUUGUAAGUAAGCUGAAUGGAAUACGCCUUGCAAAUUUCAGCUUACUAUCUACAGAGAAGUUGUAGAAUUAGUGAUGAGUGAGUAAGUGAGGGCUUUGGCUUUAUUAGUAUAGAUAGAAAAAAAACGAAUUCGGGCCCCUAGUUGUGACUGUUCCGGGUAGACUAUCUAAAUGAAACCUGCUGAUCUUUUGUAAGUAAGCUGUAAGGAAUAAGCCUGCCCUAUUUCAACCUCCUAUCUACAGAGAAAUUUGGAGAAAAUAGCUCAAAUAAGAAAAAAAAAUUAACUGGGGCCCCCGGUCCCAGAGUUAUUAAUAUUAUGAGUUGAGUACACAGUGGUAUUUUAAUGUUGAUAAUCAAGAGUAUAGGUACUAAGUUUGGUCAAGUUCCAUCUAUUCAUGUAGGAGUACUAAGCAUAUUGAUAAUUAUAAGGCUUAUAUUAGGAAAAAUGAAAUGGGCCCCCGGCCCCAGAGGGGUGGAUAUUAUGCGUUAAGUACCGUUCGGUAUUUGAAUAUGGAUAAUCAAGAGUAUGUGUAUUAAGUUUGGUCAAGAUCCAUCGAUUCAUGUAGCAGUAUAUGUUGAUCAUUUUAUUUAUAUAGCUCAUAUUGGAAACAAACGACAUUUUGGGCCCCCGGCCCCAAACGGUACAGAGUUUGGAAAUGAAGCAUGUUUAACUGUUGUAUGUGAGCUGUAAGGAAUAAGCCUGCCGAAUUUCAAAUUGCCAUAUACUCGGGGAGUUGGAGAAUUUGUGAUGAGCCAGUCAGUGGAGGCUUUGCCUUUUAUUAGUAUUGAUAUAUGUAUAUAUAUAUAUAUAUAUAUAUAUUUAUAUAUAUUUAUAAAAUAGCGUAUAUACCCGGUAUUUGCCGCGGAUAACUUUCGGAACAAAAGAAUUUCUAUAGUCUACAGCCUUAUAAUUAUUCCGAUUCCGUUGGGCUACAAAUCCAGUCGAUAUCCCGCUGUCGUUAGUAUACAAGUUCCCAGUGGGAUUCCCAUCCUCAGGGGCAAUAUUCCAGGAUGGUUCCAAUCCUGUGGAUAUUUCAAUCCCGAAAUCUCUAGGUAUUUAUAUCUUGAACUCAAACAAUUUUACAACUAAAUGCACUGUUAUAGGUAUAAUCCAAUUAUGCUAAUUUGGGGGUUCAUUCAGUAAUUCCCUAAUUUAAUUUUGCUAGAGAUGGGGAACCCCAUAAAAAUCAUUCAGAUACAUUGUUGAGUUAAAAUUUAGAAUUUGCCCGAUUACAAUCGGUUUGUAAAUGUAUCGGUAAAAUUACCGAUAAAAAACUUAUUAAAGUUAUCGAAAUUUCUUGAAAUAUCUAGAUUGGAUAUUCAUAGUUGUAAAUAAACUGAUAUUUCAAUACGGACAAGGAAGUGUAUUGCUACCACGCUAGACCAUUAUCAUCAAUUGACAAAGAAACACAAGUGUUGUCUAGGCCUAUUGAUAUUUAUAAAGCUUAAAAAAGAAAAAAGAAAAUAUGGCAACUGGCCACAGAGAGAUGAAUAUUUUGAGUUCAGUAACCUUUGGUAUUUGAAUAUAAAUAAUCAAGUCUUCUUCUCUUCUUCCUCUAUAUCUUAAGGGCCCACGAUCAAUUUAUUGAUCAUUUUGGCUCCUAUGCAUGUAGAUGGGAUUUGCAAUGUUUCUGUUACUGGUGGUGAUGAGGAAAUUAUGCACUAGGGGUUUGAAGGCUUGUGGCAAUAGACACAAAUGUGUCUAAAGUUGUCGCCUCAACUGUUCCUUUUGAAAGAUUGUUCCAGUCCCUGAUUGUCUUGGGCAGGAAUGAGCAGCUCCUAUACUGGCUUCUUGCUGGUAUGAGCCUGAAUUGCCUGUCAUGGCCUCGUCGCUGUCUAUGGGGGAGUGGGACGAGUUUCUGUUUAAUACUGGAACAGUGGACCAGCCCAUUAUUUAUCUUGUACAUCAUGGAGAGCCUGGAUUGUCGUCGUCGUUUCUCCAAUGGUGACCAGCCUAGUGUUUCUAGCAUGCUGCCAACACUAGAGGUAUUCCUGUAGCGGUUUAGGACAAAACGUGCUGCUCGUCGCUGGACCGCCUCCAACCUGUCAAUGCUCUUCUGGGUAAAUGGGUCCCAGACUGAAGAUGCAUAAUCUAAAAUCGGACGGAUAAAGGCUUUAUAUGCUCUUUCUUUCACACAGGAGUUGCCAAUCUUUAGAUUUCGCCUUAAGAACCCCAAGGCUUGGUUUGCUUGGUUAUAUACAUUGUUAAUAUGCUCGUCCCAGCGGACCUCUCUUUGAAUGGUAACACCCAGGUACUUUACGGAGGAAACUUGCUCAAGAAUAUGGCCGUGCAGUUUGUAUUGGUAGUGUAGAGGAGUACAACUAUGUGAACUAAGUGUAUGUGAACUAAGUUUGAUAAGGAUCCAUCUAUUCAUGUAGGAUUAAUUUACUUACCUUAUAAAAAAAAUAAUGGAGCCCAACGCCCCAGGAGAAUGGAUAUUAUAAAUUUCCUAACAUUCGUUAUUUGAAUAUAGAUAUGUACUUAUUUUGGUCAAGAUCCAUCCAUUCAAUGUGCUAUCUUAUUUUUUUUUAUAUGUCUCCCUGAAAUGCUCUUAUGUGCAAAAGAUCUCUAUUUCCAUUCACAUAGGUAAUGAGAAAAAAUACUGAUAAGUAUAUAACCUCUUUGAGAAAAUAUAUUCCAAGUAGUAGUACCAAGCGAUCAUUAUUUAGUAAGGGCACUGCAAAUCCCAAACACUAAAUCCUCAGCUCAGUUUUUUUGCUAAUACAGGUACCCAAAACAAGAAAAGAAAAUUAGUUUUGCUUAUGAUAAAAUGUUUGAUUUUUUUUUCUAAAAAGAUCGUUAAGUAGGUAUUUUGUGAUUGAAGAAUGUUCUCUAGCCAACUACAUCCCUCAACAAAAUGAAAAAAUUAAGCAAAAAAAAUGAAUAACAUAUAGAUAAAUUGCUCGGGAAAUUUUCCGCUAAAUAAUUUCCAGCUGUUAUAUUCAUACUAAUUUCGUUUAGGUGUCGUCAAUCUAUUGCUGUUUUAAAAGUGUUCAUGUGAUUGAAUCAUUUUUAGAAAAUUAAACAUUUUCCUUCCCUUUCUUUCCCUCAAAUAAAUCUGACACAAUGCUGUUUGUUCUUGGUGCAAAACUAUCCAUGGCGAAUAUUACCAUAAAAUUUGAAAUAAAUAUAUGCCAUGUUUUAUAAAUCUCUGUCGAUGUGGAUGAUGUAAUUAACAACAUUGCAAAUAUUAAACUGCUACACAUUUCCUUGCAAGUUGCUUUUUUUAAUGUGGCUUUAUUUUAGGCGUAAAUGUAUUUAAUUUUUUCUUCUCAAAAAAAAAAAAAAUAACGGAAAAAAAACUAUAAAAUAAAUAAAAAAAAAAAAAAAAAAUUAAUAUAAAAUAUAUUAAAAAAAAAAAAAAAAAUAAAAAUUCCUUGCAAAUUGCUUUUUUUAAUGUAGCUUUAAUUAAAGCGUAAAUGUAAUUAAUUUUUUCAUAUCAAAAAAAAAAAAAAUAACGGAAAAAAAACUAUAAAAUACAUAAAAAAAAAAAAAAUACAUUCAUUUUAACUCUAUUUAAAAAACAAAAAAAUAUUAAACUGUUGUUUCAUUUUUUUAGAUGUCGGAAGAAAAGUAUAUAUUUUUGCUUACUGGAAAAACAGGAGUUGGAAAGAGUGCCCUUGGAAAUUCUAUUAUUGGAGAGAAAAAAUUUGUUAGCAAUGAUUCAGAUAAAUCGGUUACUGAAGAAUGUUCAAUAGAAUGCGCAAACAGAUCAGGCUUACUUGUAACAGUGGUAGACACCCCUGGAUUUAUGGAUACAGAAGUAACUGCAAAUGAAGCUAAAUUAAAAGCUUGCAAAGAAAUAAAACAUGCAAUGACAAAAUGUCCACCUGAUGGAAAACUUGCUGUUAUUUUUGUAAUUAAAUACGGUGAACGUUUCACCGAAGAGAACCAGAAAGCUCUGUAUAUUCUCGAAAAUAUUUUUGGAAAAGAAAAUCUUUGGAAAUCGUGCAUCUUAGUAAUGACUAUGGGUGAAUUGUUUGAUGGUAAUUAUGAAGGCAAAACAAGUUUUAAACAAUAUAUGACAAAUCAACAAAAUGCUCUUGGGGAAUUAUUUAAAAAAUGUAACUAUAAAUGUGUACUGUUUUACAACAAGACAAAAGAUGAAACAAAACAGAUUGAACAGUUUAACACGCUGAUUCAAUAUAUGCAAGAACUUGACCAAGGAUAUACUAAAAGUAAAUUUCAAGAAGCCAUAAAAGAGCAAAAUCGCCUUGAACUGGAGUCGAAGCUGUCUAACUAUGAACAAGAAUUUCAAGAGGAAAUCGAUCAACUAAAAGACAAACUAGAUGCACUUAAUUUAACGUCUGAAUCAUUAGAUGACAUUACAGAAAUUCAAGACUACAUUCUUCAAAUGUUAAACAUGGUUAAUGAUUAUGAUACACCAGACAAAAUUUAUUACAAAUCAGGUGAAACAAGGCUUUUGGAUAAAAUACGUAAAUCUUUUGAACAUCUGAACCAGACAACUUUUAAAAGUAAAGAACUAGUUGAGCAGCUUAAAAUAAAAGAUGAACUAGAAGUUAGAAUUAAUGAAAUUUUGGAGAACAUAAAAAAAACAAAUACACAAGAUAAAGACAUAAAUGAAAUUAUUGUGGAAUUUGAAAAUGAACUUACAAAAAUGGAUGAUACCAUAAUAGAAGGCUUUGUGUCAAAAGAAAAUUCAGAUUACAUUUAUUUAAAUUUAAAUCACUGUAAACAAGAGUUAGAACUACUGAAAAUAAAAGUUCAACAGCAGAAGGAAACUGAAAUUAAUUCAAAAAUACAACACUUUACUCAAAGUUUUAAAAGCCCGGAAAUUGAAGAGAUCCAAAGGCGUGAAUUAUUUAAUGAGUUAAAAAAUGAGUUUAACAUCUUUAAAAGUAAAUUUGAACAAGAAAAGAUUUACUUUAGAGAAGCCUUUUUUAAAAUGGUAGAAGAAUCUUUAACUAAUAUUCAAAAUGAUAUCAUUACGAAAGAGGAGACAAUAAUGCAGUUGUCCAAGGCAGAUCAAAUGGAACAAGACAUAAUUAAACUUGAAAACCAGAUAAAAAGUACAAACACUGAUGCUACUGGUGUAGAUAGUAUAUUGUCUAGCUUUCAAGAAAGUCUAAAUAAGAUGUUUUUAAAAUUAGAGAAAGAAGAUUUAAGAAAAGACAUUCAAGCCAUAGUAAAUAAUUUAAUACAUAGAGCUUUAGAAGAACUUAAAAUUCUUAAAGAUAAAGUAAAACAAAGAAAAGAAAAAGAAAUUUAUACACUUAUUAAUAACAUUUCUGAAAGAUUAAAAUUGGUUAAGAUUGGUAAUAAUAAUGUAUCUAUAAGUCUUGAAGAAAUAGACAAGGAGCGAAUGGCUCUAAUUGAAAGACUUAAACAAGAAACAAACGUAAUGAAUGAAACAUUUUUUGAUAAUACAAGUAGACUUUUGGAUGUAAUUAACUGUAAUAUUAAGGAUAAACGGGAAGCUCUUCGCCAAUCCAAGAAAACAGAUACAUUUUUAGGAAAUAUUGAAGAUUUAGAAAAAGAGAUAAAGGAUACUAAAUUAACGGUUACAAUGAUACCUAACCAGAUCGCUACAUUUGAAGAAAAAAUUGAUACUUUGAAGAAAAAGGUGCAAAAUGAAAAAUUAGGACUUGAAUUUACAUUUAAAUUGGAUGAAGAGAUAAAAAAUGUCAGAGAGAAAAUGAAAAAUUUGAUACAAUCUGUAAAAGAAAACAAAGAACGUGAACUAAAUUCUCAAAUUGAAAAUUUAAUUCUAAGAAUAAAACAAACAAAACAUAAUGACCCGAGCAUUAGCACAAUAUUGAUUACUUUAAAAAAAGAUAUAAAUGAUUUUGAAAAAGAACUAAACAAAAACAAAGAGCAACUUAACGCAUAUCGCUGUAUUAUGUUUCAAAAUUUAAUUGUUCAAGCUACGGAAGAACUUAGGAAAUUAGAAGAUAUUGUUGAACAGUUUGGUCGUGUGCGUAAACUGCAGCUUUCAAUUAAAGAUCUAGCAUCAAAAAUAAAUGCCAUUGAAACAACAGAUAAAACGGUAUGCGAACUCAUUUCAGAAAAUGAAAAAACAUUAAAUACAUUGCAGCAACAGAUAAUUGAUAGUCAUUUCAUUGAUUCUUUUAAUAAGACGCUAAUUUCAGAAAUAAGUACGACUAGGUUAAGCAUAAACAAAAUUAAAGAACAAGUAAAAGUAAUGAAGCAAAAUGAACUUAAUAAAGAGAUUAAAAAUUUUCAAGAAAGUCUUAACAAAGUUAAUAUAUUAAAUGGAAAUAAGGUCAACAAUUUAAAUAAAAUAAAAGAUGAUGUACUUAAGUUUGAAAUGAAAGUAAAGAAUGAAAAGUUUGUUAGUGAAGAAUAUAGAGUUACAAUUCUAGGAUAUGCAACAAAUAUUAUUAAAAAAAUAAACAUAGAAGUCGAAAAUGAGAGGCAAUCAAAAGCAGCAAACCAAAUAAUUGAAGAAUACAAUAAUCUGAUAAGGAACAUUUUUGUAACCCCUCCACGUAGUGAACAAAUAUCAAAAAAAUUAUCCGAUAUUAAUAAUACAUUUUCCAAUAUAAAAAGCAGAAGUGAUAACAUAAAUUUUGACGAAAAGUAUUCAAAUUCGAUAAAUGUAAAAAGAGAUGAAGCGGGCGAAAAGCUUGCGAUACUAAAAAGGUACGCUCAUGAUUCCAUUUUAGAGGACAUUUCAAAGAUAUCUGAUAUUCUCAAAACUGUUGAUCCUACCAAACAAGCAUGUUUAAGAACUUUAGAUAGCAUUAAAUUUGAUUUAGACAAGUUGAAUCCAAGAGUUCAAGAAUGUAAAGAAAUGUUUGACAAAUGUACACAUAAAUAUAAUGCACUAAGAAAACGUGCAGCUGAUUUCUUACCCAUGCAAGAAAAAAUAAAUGGUCUCAUUAGUGAAUUAAGCAAUCUUCCGAAGGGUACCUGGGUCAGUACAUACCACUUAUAUAAUGAAAAGGCUUGUAAACUUCUAGUAGAAGUACGAGAAAAUGUAAUUGACGCAACUGAUGCUGAUCAACUCAAAACAAAAUUAGAUAAAUUGAUCAAAAUAAUCAAUGAUAAAAAAGUCAGAAAUGAUUGGCAAAUAGCUGGUAAAGUUUUUAGGUUCAUUCCCUUGCUUGGAGGCUAUAUUCAGGAUGGGAUGACAAGUGGAAUUGAUGAGAUUGACACAAAUCAAUUUAAGGAUUUGGGUUGGACAAAAUAAAGUAACUUAAUUUAUUUUUUUUUAAAUAUGUUUUAAUACAGAGAUAGCAUAUAGCAAAAAGUAAAACUAAAAUAUGCAGUGAAUAACAUACAAAAAAAUACGUUACAUACCAAAAACCCAAUAUCAAUCUUUUUAAUUAUUAUAUUAACUGACCUUUUUUUUAAACAUAUCGUUAUAUUUAAAUAAAUUAUUUCAUUACGUAUUAGUAUUUUUAAUUAGUCACUAUCAUUUUUAUUUAAGUUAACAUCUUUAGAAAAAUACACAAACAUUGGUGUUUCUAUAGAAACAUAGAGAUAAAAGUUAUUAUAGUGGUAAAAAGUAAAUUUAACUUUGUACAUUUGUUAACGAAAAUAUGUUUACAUAUAACCAGAAUUAUUUCAUUUCAGUUAGAAUCAAAAGAUUGUCAUUACAGCACGAUUGUUUAAAAAAUUGAUUGAAAUAAAUCUCUACAGAAAUUUCUAAUAAAUCAUGGAAAACACUUGCAAACGCUG